AUGGACGUCGUCGCUGCGGUGUCCGGGUACAUCUCAAAGAUGGUUACCGCGGGUGAUCCAUCGGCGGGUGGCUCCUCCACAGCCAAAAUGAAGAUACUACUCCUUGACAGUGAGACAGUACCAAUCGUCUCGACUGCGAUUACUCAAUCCGCCCUGCUGAACCAUGAAGUAUACCUGAUCGAUCGACUGGACAACAAUGCCCGAGAGAGAAUGAGACAUCUACGGUGUCUUUGCUUCGUCCGACCCUCUGCAACGUCCAUUCAGCUCCUAAUAGAUGAACUGCGCGAACCUAAGUACGGCGAAUACUAUAUCUACCUAAGCAACAUCAUCCGUAAAUCUUCCCUCGAGCGUCUGGCAGAAGCGGAUGUCCACGAAGUGGUGCGGGUCGUCCAGGAACAUUUCGCGGACUUUCUCGUGAUCAACCCGGACCUUUGCUCCUUAAAUCUAGGUUAUCCGAACCAGCGGCUCUGGGCCAACUCGCCAGAUGUAUGGAAUGCGGAUGCGCUACAAAGAAGCACGGAGGGUGUGAUUGCAACGCUGCUUUCUCUAAAAAAGAACCCGCUCAUUCGUUACGAGAAAAAUAGUUUAUUGGCGAAAAAGUUAGCUACAGAGGUUCGCUAUCAAAUUACACAGGAGGAGCAACUCUUCAACUUCCGCAAGACCGAUACCCCUCCGAUUCUACUUAUCCUUGAUCGCCGCGAUGAUCCUAUAACCCCCCUUCUUACACAAUGGACAUAUCAAGCGAUGGUGCAUGAGUUAAUAGGCAUCCAAAAUGGGCGGGUCGACCUUCGAGACGUGCCAGAAAUCCGGCCCGAGUUACGGGAAAUUGUUCUUUCGCAGGACCAAGACCCUUUCUUUAAGAAAAAUAUGUUUCAGAACUUUGGAGAUCUUGGGCAAAAUAUCAAAGAAUACGUGGAGCAGUAUCAGGUGAAGACUAAGAACACUAUGAACAUCGAGUCUAUUGCCGAUAUGAAGCGUUUCGUUGAAGACUAUCCCGAAUUCCGAAAACUUUCAGGCAAUGUGAGCAAACACGUCACACUGGUCGGGGAACUCAGUCGGCGAGUGGGUGAGGAAAACCUUCUCGAUGUGAGUGAGUUGGAACAAAGUCUGGCUUGCAAUGACAACCACAAUAGCGACCUAAAGACUCUGCAAAGGAUCAUUCAAUUACCUACAGUGCCCCCUGAGAAUAAAUUGCGACUAGUGGCUUUAUAUGCUAUCAGAUAUGAGAAACAACCGUCCAAUGCCCUUCCGGUCCUUCUUGAUCUUCUUGUGACGGCCGGGGGUGUUCCUUCUCACCGAGUCAACAUUAUACCAAAAUUACUGGCCUACCACCACUCUCUCCAAGCUCCGCCAAUUGCCGGCGGAUUCUCUGACCUCUUUGAGUCCACAUCGUUGUUUUCUGGUGCUCGCGACAGAUUCAAAGGCUUAAAAGGCGUCGAGAAUGUCUAUACCCAGCAUUCGCCGCGCUUGGAAGCGACCCUCCAAAAUCUGAUCAAAGGCAAACUCAAAGAGCUUCAAUACCCCUUCCUCGAAGGUGGCGGUCAUGUUCGGGACAAGCCACAGGAUAUUAUCAUUUUCAUGGUUGGCGGAACAACAUACGAGGAGGCAAAGAUGAUAACUCAGGUCAACGCCAGCUCACCUGGUAUACGGGUAGUUUUAGCCAGCACGUCUGUCCACAACAGUAAGAGUUUCCUUGAAGAGGUCGAUGAUGCUGUGAGCGGAUGGCCUGAGAGUGAACCCUCCACCGCCGCUGGACGGCUUCGGAGGAAUAUUGGGCGAUAG